AUGACCAGAUUCAUUCUUCUAUUACUUGCUCUUAUUGCAAGUAUUGCUCUAAUCAAUGCUCAAGCAACAAGUUUAACCUUGUCACCUUCUGGAUCGCAAUUAAAUGCCUGUCAAACAAAUUUGACAUUGACUAUUAAUCCAACUAUUGCAAUUGCUCCAAACUAUACUCUCAUCUCAAGAUCCUACGUUUGGAUUGUUAAUGUUUCCAAUAUUUCCACUCCAUUACCUAAUUCCAUCAAUUCAGCUUCAAUUGUUGUAAACUUGAGAACUCUCCUCACUCUUACACAAUACACAUUUGGAGUUCAAAUUAUUGAUUUUCUUAGAUCUAAUACUACCAAUUCUACAAUUUCUCAAUUCGCUUGGGCUCCAAAUGCCAUCGGUAUUACCAAUGGAACUUUGACAAGUGGUACUCCUCAACUUCCAAUCUGUUCCACUUCAUCUAAUCCUGGAAAUAACAAUCCAGGUAAUUCCAACAAUGGAACUAUUGGUGUUGGUGCUUCUAUUAAGAAUGAUGCCUCUUCUCCAAUUGUUUAUGGUGGUGUUUUGUAUCAUGUUUCUUCAUCGGUUGCUGUUUUGGUAAUGAUUGGUUUCUUGAUGAUGCUUAUCGAUUCCAUCUUUUAUUAA